AUGCGCGCCAGCUCGAUCAAGCGCUCGCUCGGAGUGGAGCUCACGAACAGCAUCAAGCAGUCGCGCGUCCUACUCGUUGGAGCCGGUGGCAUUGGCUGUGAGCUGCUCAAAAACCUCGUGCUCACAGGCUUUGGUGAGAUUCACAUCAUUGAUCUCGAUACAAUCGACCUGAGCAACCUGAAUCGUCAAUUUCUUUUCCGCCACGAACAUAUCAAGAAACCAAAGGCCUUGGUCGCGAAGGAAGUUGCGCAUCGGUUCCAGCCUGGCGCAAAGCUGGAAGCUUAUCAUGCGAACAUAAUGGACUCGCAGUUCAGUGUCGACUGGUUCGCGGGAUUCAAUAUUGUAUUCAAUGCGCUUGAUAACCUGGCCGCGCGCCGACAUGUGAACCGCAUGUGUCUCGCCGCAGGUGUGCCUCUUGUCGAGAGUGGCACCACCGGCUUCAACGGGCAGGUCCAGGUGAUUGAAAAGGGGAAAACUGAAUGUUACGAUUGCAAUGACAAAGAGACUCCCAAAUCAUUUCCUAUCUGCACGAUCCGCAGUAAUCCGUCACAGCCUAUCCACUGUAUCGUAUGGGCUAAGAACUACCUCAUCCCGGAGCUAUUUGGGCAAAGUGAAGACAGCCCGGAGGAACUUGACACUACUGAAGAUGCAGACAACGCUCAAGAGAUCGAGGAACUUCGAAGGGAAGCAGAUGCUUUGAAGGAGAUACGGAAUUCCAUGGGUUCCGAUGGUUUCUGCCGCAAGGUAUUCGAGAAGGUUUUCAGAGAUGACAUUGAGCGACUGCGCGGAAUGGAAGAGAUGUGGAAAGAGCGCCCAAGGCCAGACAUACUGGGUUACGACAAGCUCCAAGAAGAAUCUGCAUCUGUGGAUCCCGCAAUUUCGAUUACCGAUCAGAGAGCGUGGACAUUAGCAGAAAAUUUUGCUGUGUUUAAAGACAGUGCCGAUCGACUCACCAAACGUCUGAAGGAAAUGCAAGCAAAUGCAUCAUCCGGAGAUGAGAAACCUAUCAUUACAUUUGACAAAGAUGAUACGGAUACGUUGGAUUUUGUGACCGCAACAGCCAAUCUGCGGGCUACUAUCUUCCACUUGGAACCGAAGUCCAAAUUUGAUACCAAGCAAAUGGCUGGCAAUAUCAUCCCUGCCAUCGCUACCACCAACGCUAUGACAGCAAGUUUGUGCGUUCUUCAGGCUUUCAAGGUUCUCCAAGACAACCUCGCAGGCGCCAAAAUGAUUUUCCUCGAGCGAUCCGGCGCACGAGCAAUCAACUCCGAUUCACUGGAUCCCCCCAAGCCCGGUUGCCCAGUAUGCUCCCCUGUCCAGGGACGGGCGACAUUUGACCCAGAGCGUGCUACGCUUCAAGACCUGGUCAGCCUUCUCCGCGAGGAACUUGGCUACAGUGAAGAGUUUGCUGUCAUGAAAGGUGGUAGUUUGAUCUAUGAUCCUGAUCUGGAUGACAACUUGCCGUCUGAGCUCUCGAAUUUGGGGGUCACUAACUGGGCAUUCCUCAUCAUCGUGGAUGAUGAUGACCAGGACCAAGAUCCUCGUAUAGAUCUACAGCUUGUCAUCAGUGCACGAACUGAACCAAGUGAGGACUCCAAGCCCAUUUCCUUACAAAGCAUCCCGGACAUCCCGCGUAAGCCCAAGCUGGCUCUCAUUCCACCCCCUGAGGAUGCUCUUGUUCCUAACGGUGACGCCAUCAUCGGCAAGCGCAAGCGUGAGGGCGAGGACGAAGACACGACCAUGACCAACGGCCACGUUGCUAAGAAGGCUGCCGGAGACUUGAAGACCAACGGCGAUGACGUCGACCUGAUCGUCCUGGAUGACGAUGAUGGAGCUAUUUUGAUCGAUGACUAG